AUGGUUAAGUUUGUGGAUAACCCGAAUGGGCACUGUCGGAUGUGCAUCGAAUCCGACGAGAAAGGUGUACUUGUGGAAUGCUGCGAAUGUGACCGUUGGUUCCACUUGGCAUGUGUGGGACUGAAGGACCCACCGAGAAGUGAGGACUACUGGACAUGCCAAAAAUGCUACGAGAUUGCAGAAAAUCAGCAAAAGAUGGAAGAAAAACUUAAGAAAUUGGAAGCCCAAGCCAAAGGCAAACGAACACCAUCGUCGGAAAGAACGACAACAACCGAAGAAAUAUUGCGUAUUCAUCAGAAAACUAUGGAGGCUCUCGUUAAGCAGCUCCAAGUUAAACCCGAACCAACUCCAGAUAUCAGUCUGGCCCAACCCAAUCAAAACGAAGAUUGGACAAUCUACCUGAAAAGGCAAGCUCUGGCUGACUUGCCUAGGUUUGAUGGCGCGCCAAAAGAUUGGCCAAAAUUUAAGAAAACAUACGAAGAAACCACAAAAGCAGGAGCUUUUACUAAUCUUGAAAACUUAAACCGGCUGCAGAAGGUUCUGCGUGGAAAUGCCGCAAAAACUGUGAGUCAACUGCUGAUCGACCCGGAGAAUGUCAAGAAAAUAAUCGAAAGACUAGAAGAAACAUACGGUCGACCAGAAGCGAUUUAUAACGAACUUCUCCACGAAUUAAUAAAAAUUCGUAAGGAGAAUAAAAGUGCAUUAUUAGAAAUAGCAGAUGCACUGGAUAAUCUCGUGAGUACAAUAAAUGUAAUCAAUUGUGCUCAAUAUCUGAACGACCCUCGUUUGGUCGAUACUAUAGUAAAGAAAUUGCCCUAUAAUAUUCAAAUAAAGUGGGCUGAAGAAUUGAGCAAAGAAAACAUUCAUUGUCCAGAUUUAAAAAUACUGAAUGAAUGGAUAAAACCACUCGCCAAAAUUCAGAGGAUGGUUAACCCUUCGAUCGAGAGCUCUGAAAGGAAGUCAAGAGUAAACAUUCACCAAGAUAACCGGAAAAGGUUCUACAACAAAUGUCCAUUUUGCGAAAAGGACCACAAAGUCUAUGAAUGUGAUACAUUCAAAAAAAUGAACACGGAAGCAAGGAGAAAAAUUGUUACACAAAAACGACUUUGCUUUGGGUGUCUAGGAGCAAACCAUCUAAUGAAAGAUUGCGAACGUGCUAGAACAUGUGACAUCGAUAAAUGCCAGGAAAAACAUAGUAGAUGGCUACAUCCGAGAAAUAAGAAAAACGUAGACAAGGCCAACAAAAUGAUGACGACGCCGAAAGAAGAAAUCGUAGAAAAGCUUGUAACCACAGAAAACGCUUCAUCUUCUAACUCUGGAACUACAAAUCACCAUCAAACAUUCAGAAAUAAUAUUUAUUUCCAAAUUAUUCCCAUAACACUUAGAAACAAGGGAAAGGAAGUAAAUACGUUUGCUUUCUUAGACGCCGGCUCAUCACUAACUUUGAUCGAGGAACAAAUUGCUGAUAAUCUCGGCCUAAAGGGACGCUCGAAUCUUCUCAAACUCACCUGGACGCAAAACGUCACCAAGCAAUCGAACAACAGGCAGGUACAAGUUACACUCGUCGGACCUUCAAAGAAACCAUUUAUCCUGAAGGGCGUAAGAACAAUUGACAACCUCCAGCUACCAAUUCAAUCUCUAGACAUGGAUGCUAUGAAAAAACAAUACGAUCAUCUGAAAGACUUACCCAUUGAAAGCUAUACGGUAGCACGACCAUCAAUACUAAUUGGUCUCGACAACGCGCAUCUACUAAUGCCUAUGGACAGAAGAAUGUUAGACGAGAAUUCUCCUAUGGCUAUGAGAACCAAACUAGGAUGGUUUCUCUUUGGUAACCUCAAGUUGAAUAUCGCACAAGACUAUGUCAUGGAAAUACAGGAAAAUGACGAGAUGCGAAACAUGAUGAUGCGGUAUCUCAGCACAGAAGAUUUUGGAGUCAAAACAGUCGAAAGUCUGCCAAAGGGUAAGGAGGACAAAAGAGUUGAAGAAAUAAUCAACGACACACUGAAAUAUCUAGGGAAUAGAUAUGAAAUUGGAAUGCUGUUCAGACAGGACGAUGUCAAAUUCCCUGACACUUACCAAAACGCCUUAAGACGAUUAACUCUGUCAGAGAAAAUGCUUGCGAAAAAUGAGAAACUCAAGCAAUGGGCCAUACUUAACUUUAAAGAGUACGUUGCGAAAGGAUAUGCCAGAAAAUUAACACCAGCAGAAUUACUUACACCUACAAACAAAGUUUACUAUCUACCACACUUUAUCGUCAUAAAUCAAAACAAGAACAAACCAAGAUUAGUGUUUGACGCCAAAGCAGAAGUUAAGGGUGUCUCAUUAAACUCAACCCUUUUACCGGGGCCGGACGCCACAACAUCGAUCUUCGGAAUAUUACUACGUUUUAGAGAAGGAAACAUAGCGAUAAGCGGUGACAUCCAGGAAAUGUUUCAUCAAGUAAGAAUUCGUCCAGAAGAUCAGCACGUACUACGCUUCUUAUGGAGAGAUUGUGAUACAUCAAAACCACCAGAAGUAUACGUCAUGAUGGUCAUGAUAUUUGGCGCCACCUGUUCACCGGCCUGCGCUCAAAUAGUAAAAAAAUUUAACGCGAGAAAAUUCGAAAAAACUCAUCCCGCCGCAGCAACCGCUAUAGUAAAACAACACUACGUCGACGAUUACCUAGACAGCUUCCACACCCAAGAUGAAGCAGUUCAGACAGUCAACGAUGUUAUAACAAUUCACGAAAAGGGAGGUUUCUUCAUAAGAAACUUCAUAUCAAACAAACGCGAGUUACUUCACUCACUCCCCGAAAACCGGUUAAUGGAUUCAAACAAGAAAGAUAUAACUGACAAAGAGUCUCACGUAGAAAGGGUCCUAGGGCUACACUGGAAUACACAACACGAUUAUUUAGUUACCAACUAA